GAGGCAGUGCGCAAAGCCCAGGAGGAGCUGGCCAACCAGAAGGAAGUGAUCAUGGCUCAGGACAAAGAGCUCAAGGGUAAGAGCACAGAGGCCAAUAAGAUAAGAGAGCAGAACAACGAAGUCCAGCUGAAGAUCAAGGAGCUGGAACACAACAUUAGUAAGCACCGCAAAGACAGCCAGGAAGCUGCUGACAAGGUGUCUCGGAUGCUGGAGGAACAUGACUGGAUCAGGUCGGAGCGCCAGUUCUUCGGCCAGCCCAACACCUCGUACGACUUUAAGACCAACAACCCCCGCGAGGCCGGUCAGCGGCUGAAGAAGCUGGAGGAGACCACCAGCAAGCUGGAGAGGAACGUCAACAAGAGGGCCAUGAACAUGCUGAACGAGGCCGAGGAGAGGUACAACGACCUGAUGAAGAAGAAGAGGAUCGUGGAGAACGACAAAGCCAAAAUCUUGCAGACCAUCACAGAGCUGGACCAGAAGAAGAAUGAGGCUCUGAACGUGGCGUGGCAGAAGGUAAACAAGGACUUUGGCUCUAUUUUCUCCACUCUGCUGCCAGGGGCCACUGCUAAGCUGGCUCCCCAACAGGGCUAUGGUGUCCUGGAAGGUCUCGAGUUCAAGGUGGCCUUGGGCAGCACCUGGAAGGAGAACCUCACCGAGCUCAGCGGUGGGCAAAGAUCACUGGUGGCCUUGUCGCUCAUCUUGGCCAUGCUGCUGUUCAAACCAGCUCCCAUCUACAUCCUGGACGAGGUGGACGCGGCCCUGGAUCUCUCGCACACGCAGAACAUCGGACAGAUGCUGCGCACACAUUUCAGACACUCCCAGUUCGUGGUGGUGUCCCUGAAGGACGGCAUGUUCACCAACGCCAACGUCCUGUACAAGACCAAGUUCGUCGACGGCAUGUCCACGGUGUCGCGGACGGCGCUCAGCCAGAGUGACGCCAACCUCCCGCAGAAAGGCCAGGACAAGGCUCGUCAGAAGGACAAGAGGAACAAACUGCUCAUCAGCUAAUCGCUGCACAGCCACAUUCUAAAUGUGCUCUGGCAGCUCAACUUCUGGCAAUCAAUUGUGUAUACAUUUCCUCUGUCGUUAGCCUUUGCUCUUUUCUAAUAGUUUAUAUGGCACGUGUUUGUUCAGCAAGUGUGGACUUUCUUCACAUCUUUGUGUAUUUUAAACCUUUUCAACUGUAAAUGUCUUUUUUUUUUUUUUUUCUAAAGUGUCCUUGUUUAUUCUGUCUCUUUUCCAGUCCGUGUUCAUGCUCUUCUGCCAUACAUUGUCAGUUUGAUAUGCAGCUAUGCAACGUGUCCAUAUGUUUUAGUAAAUAAAGCAGGUUAAAUAUACAUACUUUGUACUUUGAUUGGAUGAAACUAAAAAACCAAAACCUGCAGUGUUGGACACUAGAGUGGUCAGACAAUUUAUCUUUAUUCACGUUACAAAAAUCUUCAGGCCACACUAUUUGGUUGCCGAGUUGCAAUUUUACAGUUACAUUUCAUAGACUUUAUUAGCAAACAAAUAACACUUACUGCCAAGAUGAUAGUCACUAUUUAACCGGAUUGUUUGAACAUCAAAUGUACCAGAUUAUUGCAUACAGUAAUACACCAACCAUAAAAAUAACUUCAUAUUUUUGAGUUUGAGUGACCAUAACCCUCUAGGAAUGUUUGCUUGUCUUCCUUAAAAAUACAAGUUCUGGAGGAUUGUUUGCUUUGGUUCAUGUCAAAUGCAUCAGUUACAGCUGGGUCUUGUACUAAGUCACAUGAUAUUUGAUUGGCUGUUAGAUGAACCUCACCAGAAUGUACAACUAGAUAAUGCAGCUGAGAUGUAAGCAUUUAUUUACCCGAGAUGAAUAACUUAACAUGCGGCUAGAGUGCAUGAUGUUUUUUCUGACCGUCAACCAUGCAAGUUCAACCUUUCGUUAUUGUUUGGGUUUGUACCCAACGAAUACAUGUCUCAUCAAUAUGUGUGACCAUGAGUUUGAAUUGCUGAGAACUCAACACCAUCUUGUUUGUUUGAUUUUAAAAACCAUCAUUCCUUAUUAGGACAAAAAGAAAGUCACUUGUCAAAAUUGUCACGGUAGUUUUAUUUUAUCAUCGGGGUAGUUUUAUUUUAUCAUCGGGGACAAAUUCAAACAACUGUAGCAUCACUUUCAACUGAACAGGUUUUUUAAAUUUUUUUUUUAUUGUUUAUUCCUUUCUCAAGAGCGUACUCAAUUUGCUGUAGUCUUGCUCAUUCACCUCAAACAGGAGACAGAGAAACCUCAGCACUUUCACCACUGCUCAGCAGCGGUGGUGAAACAGUGAGGAACGCCCUGCUGCUGUUCUGAUAUUUGAUGAGUAGGCAAACCCACAACAGUAGUAAAAGUCCCCAUUUUGGGGCUCUAGAUAUACAGUGUCCACAAACCCAACACAUUGGUUUAUAUAGCAUUUAUUUUCAUUAUGUUACCAUCCAUUUAAAGGAUCAAAAUAAAAAUUAACACAUUACAAUAACAGCCUCGCCCUCCACCACUUCGUCACUGCGAGUUGUGUUACUGUAGUCUCUUCAAGCUUCGUCAGCCGCUAAACAUGAAAUCAGCGUGUGUGUGUGUGUGUCAGCUUGCGUAAUAUGGAUAAGUAAUGCAGUGACUUGAGAGAUUUGUGAAUAUCCGUUUAAGAGAAGAUAACUGAAUCAAAGACCUCAGACUGAGGAGUGUGUGAUGCGUUUCGUUCGACUAAU